AUGUCCUCACGCCACCAAACAUCUUAUAUCGCGGUGAUAGGAGGUACUGGAGCCCAGGGCAUACCCGUUGUCCGCGGCCUAGUCAAGGACAAGAAGUACAAAUGUCGGGUCCUGACACGGAACCUGGGUUCGCAGCGGGCCAAAGAUCUCGUGGCCAUGGGCAACGUUGAGCUUAUGGAGGGCACUUUUGCGAGUGAACCAGAUCUUCGAAAGCUCUACCAAGGCUGUGACGGAGCGUUCAUCAACAUCGACGGCUUCAACUGCGGCGAGAAGACCGAGAUCUUCUGGGCAAUCAGGAGUUACGAGCUUGCGCUUGAGGCUGGGAUCAAAUUCUACGUCUACGGAAAUCUCGACUACGUCUACAAGAAGUCGGGAUACGACCCAAACUUCCGCUGUGGGCAUUACGACGGGAAAGGCAGGAUCGGCGAGUGGGUGCUCGCACAAAACCAGGUCAACAGCGCUCGCAUGGGUGUGUCUGUGUUCACCACCGGCCCGUACAUCGAGAUGGCGAUAGCCGGUCUGGCCGCCUUCACCCCUACGGUCAUCGACGGUAUUGUCACAUGGCGGUUCCCACUCGGCGACGGAGCUGUGGUGCACGUUUCCCUCGAUGACUGCGAGCACUAUGUCCGGUGGAUUUUCGAUCACCCAGAGAGAUCCAACGGCAUGGACCUUGAAGUCGCUAUCGACCAUAUCCAGUACGCCGAUCUGGCGGCCGCGUUCCAGAAGGUGACUGGGAAGCCGGCCAAGUAUGUCGACGUCGACCUUGACACCUUCUGGAACACGGGACGCAAUAAGCAGCUUGCCAAUACUGGGGGAGGCUUCAAUUCAGAUCCCACUGACCCGUCCUUCAUGACCUACAGACAGAACUUCACUGGGUUCUUCAACAUGUGGAAGCAUUCUGCCGGCAACAAGGGUGUUAUUCGUCGAGAUUACAAGCUGCUGGAUGAGAUUCAUCCCAACAGGAUCAAGAGCGCCGAAGAGUUCUUCAGACGAGAAGAUGAGCGAGGGAGGAAGCUAGGGCUUGGAAGUCUUUGGGAUCGCGUCCAGAAAGACAAUCUCAAACCAAUCCUCAAGAUUGGUGAGGAUAGGCGCCAAGGCAAGCUGUAG